UAAGUUAGCACCGCUGCCUGUUGUUGUUGUUGUUGUGUAUAAAAUAUAUAUAGCUAAUAAUUACAGAGGGGAAUAUAGGUGCCAUUAUUUUAAUCAUAAUGCUACCGAGCAGUUGCUCGAUUUAACCGCAGUUACUUUAAAAAAAGCUACUCUGGGGUUGGGGGGCGGAGUGUCUGCAAAGUGCUGCGCCGAUUGGGGCGCUCGAUCGGGGGAAGAGAGAUGGCGUGCUUGUUGGAGGCCCCUCUCCGCAUCAGUGUGCUGUCUGAAGUCACUGCCACAAGUCGCCAUUAUGUGGACCGCCUGUUCGACCCCGACCCACAGAAAGUGCUGCAGGGAGUCAUUGACAUGAAGAAUGCCGUCAUUGGAAACAAUAAGCAGAAGGCCAAUCUGAUAGUCCUCGGAGCUGUUCCGAGGUUACUGUAUCUGCUCCAGCAGAGCUCUUCCAGUCUAGAGCUACGGACAGAGUGCGCUGUGGUGCUGGGCAGCCUCGCCAUGGGUACAGAGAACAACAUCAAGUCCCUGGUGGACUGUCACAUCAUCCCUGCCCUUCUUCAAGGUCUCUUGUGUCCGGACCUGAUCUUCAUUGAAGCUUGUCUUCGAUGUCUCAGAACUGUCUUCAUCAGUCCAGUCACCCCUGUGCAGCUGCUCUAUACUGAUCCCACUGUGAUUCCCCAUCUAAUGUCGCUACUGAGCCGCUCACACAGGACCCAGGAGUACAUCACACAGAUCUUCUCCCACUGUUGUAAGACCCCAGAACAUCAGACGGUCCUUUUCAACCACGGCGCCAUCCAGAACAUUGCCCCUCUACUUAUCUCAUCCUCUUAUAAGGUUCGGAUGCAGGCGUUAAAGUGUUUCUCGGUCCUGGCCUAUGAGAACACUCCGGUCUCCCUGACACUGGUGACUGUGCUGGUGGAUGGUGAGCUGCUCUCUCAGGUAUUUGUCAGAAUGAUGCAAAGGGAUCAACCCAUUGAAAUGCAGUUAACAGCAGCCAAAUGUUUAACGUACAUGUGUCGAGCGGGUGCCAUCAGGACAGACGACAGCUGCAUAGUCCUGAAGACCCUACCCUGCCUCGUACGAAUGUGCAGUAAAGAGCAUCUUCUGGAGGAGAGGGUGGAGGGUGCAGAGACGCUGGCCUACCUGAUGGAGCCUGAUGUGGAGCUACAGAGGAUCGCAAGCACUACUGACCAUCUAGUGGCCAUGCUGGCAGACUACUUUAAGUACCCCAGCUCUGUGUCUGCAAUCACUGACAUCAAGAGGCUGGACCAUGACCUGAAGCAUGCACACGAGCUGAGACAAGCUGCUUUCAAACUUUACGCCUCGCUAGGCUCCAAUGACGAGGACAUCCGCAAGAAGAUCACAGAGACAGAUAACAUGAUGGACAGGAUAGUCAGUGGCUUGUCUGAAUCUAGCAUUAAAGUCCGCCUGGCGGCUGUCAGGUGUCUACAUAGUCUUUCACGAUCAGUGCAGCAGCUGAGGACCAGUUUCCACGACCAUGCGGUGUGGAAACCCCUCAUGAAGCUGUUGCAGAACGCCCCAGAUGAAGUCCUGGUCAUGGCCUCCUCAACACUAUGCAACCUACUGCUGGAGUUCUCACCCAGCAAAGAGCCCAUACUGGAGUCAGGGGUGAUUGAACUACUAUGCAGUCUGACCCAGAGUGAGAGUCCUGCACUUAGGGUCAAUGGGAUUUGGGCCUUGAUGAACAUGGCAUUUCAGGCAGAUCAGAAGGUGAAAGUGGAGAUUGUUCGAUGUCUGGGGACAGAACAGUUGUUCCGCCUGCUGUCAGACCCUGACACCAAUGUGCUGAUGAAGACUCUUGGUUUGCUGCGUAAUCUGCUGUCAACACGCCCACACAUUGACCAGAUCAUGAGUUCUCAUGGGAAGCAGAUCAUGCAGGCGGUGACCCUCAUCCUAGAAGCAGAGCACAGUAUAGAGGUCAAAGAACAGACGCUGUGCAUCCUAGCUAACAUCGCCGACGGCAACACAGCCAAGGAACUCAUCAUGACCAAUGACGACAUGCUCCAGAAAAUCAAAUACUACAUGGGGCAUUCGAAUGUGAAACUGCAGCUCGCUGCCACCUUCUGUAUCUCAAACCUUAUCUGGAAUGAGGAGGACGGUUCUCAGGAGCGUCAGGACAAGCUGCGGGAGAUGGGCUUUGUGGACAUCUUGCACAAACUCACGCAGGCCUCUGACCCCAACCUCAGUGACAGGGCGAAGACGGCGAUGCAGCAGUACCUGGCAUGACCACAGAGGGGAGCGAUCCCCCACUGCCAGCCUAACUAACAAUCAUCGGGAGGACACCUGCCAUCGGUUCUUUUGGUUUUUUUUUGUUUUGUUUAAUCUGGAGGCUUGUUUUGUUGCACAAAGACACAUUUUUGUUUUUUUUGGAACUGUGGCUGGACUCCCUUCACCUCCCACCCACCACUUAAUACCACCACCUCAACUCAGCCUCAACAGUUUUGCUCACUCGAAACCUCAUCUUGGAGACUCUGAGACCGUGGUUGUUGGGAAAUCAACGGUUAGGAGGGUUUCACUUUUCAACGUUUUUCUUCUUUUUUUUUUCCCAACAAUGAAGUGAAUUUUUUUUCCUUUCUGGACUUUGUAAUUUGAGAUUUGUGAUCUUUGGUUUUUUUUGUUUUUUGAGUGCAGCAGCCUGACACCAGUGCCACCCUGUUUGUCAGGAGGCCUUGGUGCUUUUGGACUCCCAGUAGAGGAGAUUUUGGUCUCAGAGAAAAGGACUUGGAGGUUUGACACAAGAGCAGGGCUGUUGGACAGCAAAGGUUCCCUGUUUUAUUUUUUUUAUUUUUAAUUAAUGAUAUUACUAUUAAUAUUAAUUAAUGUUUUCUUAAGGCAUCACAAGCAAGGACACAUUUGGAGAAAAAAACACAGACUGCCUAUUUUGAAAUUUGGGUGUUUUCUUUUUUUUUUUGUGGAUACAUACCUCGUAAAUAUAUAAAUAUAUAUAAAUAUAAAACAUAUAAAUAUAUAUUUUUGGAUUUUUAUUUUCCCCCGACCUCUCUUGUUUGUUUUCGUUCAUUCUCUCUGAACCAUGAUUCUCAGCACAGUAGGGUGAAUCCACUGCAGGGUGAUGCAAGCAGGUAUUGGGUAUGAACAUGGUCUACAGAGGCGAAUUAAGAAAAGAAAGAAACUUCCCUCAUGAUCCCUUUUUUUUCCCUCCACUCUUGUGGUUCUGUGUGCACUGGAGCCUGUCACUUAUGUCCAGUAUUCUUAUAAUCCCAAUGGGAAGUGUAGUCUCAGAGUCGAUAGCGCUGACUCUGACCUGCCCGGACGCUAAUUAACAGGCAUGAGUACACAGAACACCAGACAUACAGGAAGAGGAUACGUCUAUCCUCACACCUCUAAUCAGUAAGACUUAAAAUGACAGUUGCUUUUUUCUGCAUUUUCCGCAGUCCCCCCCUCCUCCCCUCCCAUCUUUCUGUGUUUAUCAAAAGGGAUAAAAAUGAAAUUCCCGUGCUCCAGGGGUUUAUUCCCUCUAAUGUGUUUUGAGAAACAAGCGAGGAAGGAGUAGAUGUGAGGAAUGAAGGAAGAACAAUUCGGAAACUGGCCUCGUAAGGAUGAGGCACUAAGCGCAUCCACAGCAGCAGAAUAAAGUGUACCACUGUGUUUCAUCCCUCUAUCAUAUGAGUUUGUCUCCCAUCAGGAUAUUUCUAGAGUGUUCCCUGACAUUUCAAACCUUACUGAACCUCUGAUAGAAUGAAUGUUACACUGAAAAAUAUAUGCAGACCUGAAGAAGGACUUCCUUUGUGUUGCGUCUUUUUUCUCGUUGGAGGUUAAGGUACUUUUAGGUAAAAAUGACAAAGGAGCGUAGGUUCGCUUCAGGUGUCGAGUUGUGUGUGUGUAUGAAAGCCUCUGCAGUCACAUGUAGCAAGGAGCAAACACAGUGCUAACUUUUUUUUUUUUUUCUGUUGCUCCUACUGUUGCCUCCCCAUCUCUAAUCCACAAUGUCUAAAGAAAGCACAAAUAUAUGCAAGAACAGUGGACUUAGCAUUAAGUUUGUACUGCAGUUCAUAGUUGCCUAUCCUCAGGUUGUGCCUCUCAUGUACACCCCUUACAUUUGAGUCUCAGGUAAGUAUCUGUUUCUCAAAAAAAAAAAAAAAAUAUGAACACCUUUUUUCUUUGUAUUUAUUUUGGGAAGUUUCAGUGACAGGCAGCCUCUCUUUUUCAGGAACGCCCCCCUGACCAUGUUCACACUGCUACACACAUUCACACCCCAAAACUUCAGUGUGAUCUGCAUCAUUGGAGCAGUUGGGCCUCACUCACAGGCACCUCAGUGGUGGUUGAUGAGGAAGGGGCUGAGUGCUGCUGGUGUUUUGGGGUGAGAUUUAUAACAAUCUGAAUGAAAAAAUGAUGUUUGCCACAUGAUAAAAA